CCCUCUCUGCGUGAGCGCCUUGUCAACAUGAAAUACAUUCUCCAUUUGACCUUUGUGUGUCUGAGUCUCUUGACUCCAAGGAUGUGCAUCCAGGGGAAUCAGUUCAACAUUGAGGUCAGCAGAAGUGACAAGCUCUCCCUGCCUGGCUUUGAGAAUCUCACAGCAGGAUAUAAUAAAUUUCUCAGGCCCAAUUUUGGUGGAGAACCAGUUCAGAUAGCACUGACUCUGGACAUUGCAAGUAUUUCUAGUAUUUCAGAGAGUAACAUGGACUAUACAGCCACCAUAUACCUCAGACAGCGCUGGACGGACCAGCGGCUGGUAUUUGAAGGCAACAAGAGCUUCACUCUGGAUGCGCGCCUUGUGGAGUUCCUCUGGGUGCCGGACACUUACAUUGUGGAGUCCAAGAAGUCCUUCCUCCAUGAAGUCACUGUGGGCAACAGGCUCAUCCGCCUCUUCUCCAAUGGCACAGUCCUGUAUGCUCUCAGAAUCACAACGACUGUUGCAUGUAACAUGGACCUGUCUAAAUACCCCAUGGACACACAGACAUGCAAGUUGCAACUGGAAAGCUGGGGUUACGAUGGGAACGAUGUGGAGUUCAGCUGGCUGAGAGGGAACGACUCGGUGCGUGGGCUGGAAAACCUGCGUCUUGCUCAGUACACCAUACAACGGUAUUUCACCUUAGUCACCAGAUCACAGCAGGAAACAGGAAAUUAUACACGACUGGUCUUGCAAUUUGAGCUUCGGAGGAAUGUCCUGUAUUUUAUUUUGGAAACCUAUGUUCCUUCCACUUUCCUGGUGGUGUUAUCCUGGGUUUCAUUUUGGAUUUCCCUUGAUUCAGUUCCUGCAAGAACCUGUAUCGGAGUGACCACCGUACUGUCAAUGACAACACUGAUGAUCGGGUCCCGCACUUCUCUUCCUAACACCAACUGUUUCAUAAAGGCCAUCGAUGUGUACCUGGGAAUCUGCUUUAGCUUCGUGUUUGGGGCCCUAUUGGAAUACGCAGUUGCCCACUACAGCUCUUUACAGCAGAUGGCAGCCAAAGACAGGGGGACGGCGAAGGAAGUGGAAGAAGUCAAUAUUACUAACAUUAUCAACAGCUCCAUCUCCAGCUUUAAACGGAAGAUCAGCUUUGCCAGCAUUGAAAUUUCCGGUGAUAAUGUUGACUAUAGUGACCUGACCAUGAAAACCAGUGACAAGUUCAAGUUUGUCUUCCGAGAUAAGAUGGGCAGGAUUGUUGAUUAUUUCACAAUUCAAAACCCCAGUAAUGUUGAUCGCUAUUCCAAAUUACUAUUUCCUUUGAUUUUUAUGCUAGCCAAUGUAUUUUACUGGGCAUACUACAUGUAUUUUUGA